UAUUCUUACACCAUUGAUGGCACUGCAAACCAACGUCCAAUUUUUACAAAAGCAUGUUUGAACCUGGACUUGGCGUAUCUAGAAGGGAAGAAGAGGUUAUUUUACGUUCAAUGUUGAUGUAAAUAAUUACGUGGACGUAAACAACAAUUAUAAUGGGUCGUCUCUUGGAGUUGCCAGAAGAAGGAGUUGAAAACAAAACGUUUGUUUUCUUGGAUGAGGGGCACACUUUGGGAAAUGCUCUCAGAUAUGUAAUAUCUCAAUACCCUGAAGUAACCAUGUGUGGCUAUACUAUUGAACACCCAGCAGAAUCAAGAAUGCUCUUAAGAAUUCAAACAAAUGGUGGAAAUGUAUAUGAACUAUUAAAACAGGGUCUCGAAGAUCUUGGGAAAAUGUGUGAUCAUACUAUAGAAACAUUCGAUAAAGCGUAUAUAAAAUAUGAAUCUUCACAAGAUGCUAAAAGCAUUGGGCUUGAAAGCCCGUGAUAUUGUUAUUAUAUUUUAGAUAUGUAGAUAAUAUAUUGUUUUUCUAAGAAAAUAAAAAAGCUACUAAUAAAACCUUGACAUUUUAAUUAAAUGUU